AUGAUUAAGUGUUUGCCCACAGCAGUGCAGGGCCGGCUCCGCUCCGGCGUGUCCCUCCCGUCGGUGCAGCAGUGCGUGGAGGAGCUGGUCCUGAACAGCUGCGAUGCCGGGGCCACGUGUAUCGGGGUGCGCAUGGACCUGCAGGCUUUUACAGUCCACGUGGUCGAUAACGGCGCUGGCAUGGCCCUGGAUGACAUGGAGCAAGUGGGAAACAGAUACCACACCAGCAAAUGCAGCUCUGUUGCAGACCUGGACAACCUGAGCUGGUAUGGCUUCAGAGGAGAAGCUCUGGCCAGCAUCAUCUCUUUAUCCACACUGGUUGAAAUCUCAUCCCGAACCAGAUUGUCAGUGAAAACACACGUCAAACUGUUCAAAGAUGGAAAGGGGUUGCCUGUGUUUGAGGCUGAGACUUCUCGACCCUCUGCAGGAACCACUGUUAUUAUCUGUAACUUCUUCCACAACAUGCCAGUGCGGAGGAAGAGGGUGGAUGCUGUGCUGGAGGGGGAGAGGAUCAGACAUAGGGUGGAGGCCGUGUCCCUCAUGCACCCCUCUGUGUCCUUCACCCUGAGGAACGACUGCACCGGGGCCAUGAUGGUGCAGCUCUCCAAAGCCAGGGACACGUAUCACAGGUUUGUCCAGAUUCACGGCCUUGCACGGGCAGAGAAACUGGGAGAAAUCAGCUACACGCACAAGCAAUUUGAAGUGGCCGGUCACCUGGGCAAAGAGGGACACUACAACAACAGUUUACAGUUCCUGUAUGUGAAUGACAGACUGCUGCUGAAAACACGUAUACACAAGCUGUUGAACCUUCUCCUGCGCAGACUGAGCUGUUCAAACUUGAAAAGUGACAGUCCGGACGGGCAGUCCGUCAUCAGGAGUCCAAAGCACAAACGAAACAAUGAGCUCUUUGGGGUUUAUGUCAUCAACAUUAAAUGCUCCUACUCGGAGUAUGACAUUUGUCUUGAGCCUGCCAAAACUCUAAUAGAGUUCAAAGAUUGGGAUGGUGUUUUGCUAUGUGUUGAAGAAGCAGUCAAAGCUUUCCUGAGGAGGGAGAAUUUGAUGACUGGGUUUUCUCAGGAUGAUUUAGACUCUGUUUCUCCAAAACUGUUUGGCGCUUGCAUACCAGAUCAAGAAGAGGCUGUGGACAAAGCCGAUCAAGCAACUGUCGGUGCUUCUACACUGGACGCCAGCGUUGGAAUGAAACUGGCAUCUGAAUUUGUUCAUCGUAAAAACACAAAUGAAAGGGUUUGUCUGGAGUCUGAUCUGAUAGAGAGCAAAGUUGAAGCUGGAAAUGUGUUGGAACAGAUGCUGCACAGUGAUUCAGAGCCUGAAACUGUUACUAUAAAUGAUAAAGAGGAGGCAACAUUCAGAGAACCUGUUGAUGGUAUGAAAGUAUCACACAUAACAGAUGAACAAGAUGCAGAAUUAACCAGCGAUAUGUCCAACAGUAAUGUAAAAUCCUUCCACAACCUUGUUCAACCAGUUCAAGCUGAUGCAGGUUAUAAUGAACAACCGGCAAGCCACAGGAAGAUCAGAUUGUCUGAUCCUUUCAUUCACACGAGUCUGCAGAUUCCAAACGUCACCCAAACCAGCUGCCCUGUGUUUCAAGAUCCAGCUGCAAAGUGUGAGAAAAACUCCUUUGCAUCCAAACGUAAAAUCUCGCUGGAAGCAGUCCAAGAGAGAUCCUCACAGAAGGCCUGCAGAGACUUUGAUCCUGGUGUCCCCUCGAAGAUUUCCAGAGCUGUUCCCUGUCAGAAAUUGUCAACAUUCAGGGAGUCUGGAUCUCUGGACAAGUUCCGACGAAUAUAUGUCAAAUCAGAUGAAAAAAAAAUAACACUUCCUCAUUUUGAGAACGAGAAUAUACUUCCUCUUGCAGACGGUUUUGUUUUAAAUCCUUCAAGUUUGGCUGUUCGACAAGAUGAUUCUCAAGUGGGUGAGUUGACAGGAACACAAGAAGAAGAGGUGAAAAAAAGCCUCCUCCAAAACCCACCAUCCCUUUCAACUAUUAAAGCUCAGAAGAGAAGUAAGAUAUCGUUAGCUGCUAAACUUUUCCAUUUAAAACAACAUAGGUCAGAAUAUUCAGAAGCCUCACUGUCUGCACCCAAGAAAACCUCGGAGGAGGAAAUCUGUGAUGCUGCCCAAGAUGAGAACAAAAAUCUGAAUCUUGUGGAUUCUGAGGAUGUUGGGCCGAACUUGGGGUGCAGCACCGAUCCACAGCCCACUGUGAAUGAUGAAGCAACCAUGUCAAGUGACUGGCUUCAUCACUAUGACAUGUCUGUUGGAAAGACUGUUUAUGUGAACAGAAUGACCGGGCUCAGCAGAUACGAGGAGCCGGCCACAGAAGAAACCCAAGUGCACUGCACGUCUGAUGUCACCAAUAUGGCAGUCAGUGUCAUCUCUGAGAUGGGGAUGGAAUACACGUGUUACCCAUUUCAGAUGGACCUAGUCUUGCCUUUCCUGCCUAAAUCCAAGACAGACAGAGUAAUUAGCUCAGGAAUUGAUUUCAGAGAUAGUGCUGGUGAAAGCUCCAACUCAUUGUCUUUAUUAUACUCUAAAUGGAAUAAUCCUGUAUUUGUUCGCCCUCCUGUGGUUGGACUGGAUAUUUCCAGUGGACAAGCUAAUGGAUUGGCCGUAAAGAUCCACAACAUCCUGUUUCCAUACCGCUUUUCUAAGGCCAUGUUUCACACGUUGAAGGUUAUUCAUCAAGUGGAUAAAAAGUUUCUUGCCUGUCUUAUCAACACGAGUGAAGACGAUUCUGCAGAAGACAAAGAAACUGAAGGAAACCUGCUUGUGCUAGUGGACCAGCACGCUGCACAUGAGAGAGUUCGACUUGAAAACUUAGUUGCAGAUUCAUAUGAGGAUGACCCAGAUGUCCUCGGAGAGAAACGUCUGUGUUCAUCAACCAUCGUGCCACCUCUGGAGAUCAGUGUAACGGAGGAGGAGCUAAGGCUGCUCAGGUCUUGUCAGCCACAUUUAAGGAGUUUAGGCCUGGAAGUUACUUUCUCACAAGCAGCAACUCAGCAGGUGUUUGUUGGAAAGGUACCGUUGUGCUUUAUGGAAAAGGAAAGUAAUGAGCUAAGGCGAGGUAGACCAUCUGUUAUCAAGUCUGUCGUUGAGGAGUAUCUUCGAGAGCAGAUUGAGUUACUCCGCUCAGCAGGCAGGGUGAGAGGAACUUUACCUCUCACCGUUUUGAAAGUGCUUGCCUCCCUCGCAUGUCACGGUGCAAUUAAAUUCAACGACACCCUGAGCAGAGAUGAAUGCUCAAGCCUGGUAGCUUCCUUGUCCUCUUGCCAGCUGCCUUUCCAGUGCGCCCACGGCCGUCCUUCCAUCGUUCCGCUGGUAGACAUCCUUCAUUUGGACAAAGACCAGAGGGAGGUCCAGAAACCCAACCUGCAAAAGCUGAGAAGAAUGUAUAAGGCUUGGGAGCUGUAUGGAGAUAAAUAAGUGGGUGUGUGUUUGAUUUUAUACGUGGAGUUAAUAGCCAACAAAAUGAAUUAACUUAUUUUAAAAAAUCCUUAUUUUAAAUUAUAAAAUGGCCUGUGAAAAGCAUAGAAAUUAUAUUUAAAUAAAUCUUAAAAAAAAAAAAGAAAAGCUGGUUGGAGAUUGCAGGUUCGAUCCCCAACUUCCACAUUCCAUACACUGCACUUUACUUGGGUAGUAUACUAAAUGCUAUA